AUGCUGUUUUACACGCUGACAUUCUGCAGCAUAAUAGGCAGGAAUCGGUGCUCGGAAAUGACUUUGAGAAGAAUGAUACAAGGCAAAAAUGGCUGGUUACAAAGAUCAUUGGCAUCGCUUGGGUAUUCAAUACCGUGCAAUCCAGAGACGUGGCACCGUGAUGAUCUGGAGCGAGUUUUGAAUCUUUUAAAGUCAUUCAAGGAGUACUUAUACUCUGUUGUUCCUGGUGUUUCGCUGAUGCUUAUCGAGUAUGUGCUAUGCCUCAGCGGUGACGAAGAACGACUGUCAGACGUAAAAUUGUCGUUUGACUUUCCUGUCGCUAAGCAGGCAAACUAUCGGAAAUUGUCAUAUGACGCUAAUCGAAAAAACAUUGUGCAUGACGGAAUGCACGAAACGCUGAACAAUGAAUUCAUAAAGGCGAGGUUUCCUGGAGACCAAAGAUUGCACGAGGUACGACGGAUGUUGUGCAGCUCGGAGCCAAUUUUGGUCGCUUUGAAACGUGCGGUUGGCAUGAACGAUCAGGAGUUUCGUGAGGACCAGGAGCGCUUCCUUUAUUCUGCCUGCCUCCGCAUGAUGACCUGUCCCAUUGCUCGAGGUAUGUUCACGAUGAAAUCGUCGAAGCCGCUGGUUGGUCAACGAGUGCAUAUCCCUGAACUGAACUUCGCCGGCAAAACGCCGCAGAAUUUACCGAUCGACUUGAGUCACAUAGAGGUAGCGUCUAACAUACGAACUUGGCCUCAAUUUCACAACGGCGUGGCGGCGGCGUUGAUGGCUUGUUCGAACGCUGACACUGACCGCGAACUGAGCUCCACAUGGAUCAGCUACAACCUACCGAGGCUGGCCGGUUUCGUUCUUGGACUUGGACUCAACGGCCAUCUAAAGAACUUGGCACUGUUCAACAUUCACGAAUAUUUAGCCAAAGGCGACGCGAUGCUCAGUUGUGCGAUGUUGAUCGGCGUGGCAGCGUCCAGACGUGGUACCGCGGACGUGACGGCCUUCAAGAUGCUGGCCACCCACCUACCGUUCUUGCUGCCGUCUUCUCUUCUAGAACUAAACAUCGAUCCUUUAGUGCAGACGGCAGCCGUUAUCGGCGCCGGAUUGUUGUUCGCUGAAUCUUCCAACAGCCGUUUAUCCGAGGCGAUGAUCCGUGAAAUUGAUCGUCCGGCAUCCGUGAACAAUGAUUGUUUCGUUGACAAAGAAGCAUAUGCACUUUCCUGCGGUCUUGCACUUGGAUUCAUCAAUCUUGGUAAAGGUAAUUCCAAAUUUGCCAGUUCUUGGAUUAAUUUGCAUACUUUGUAUCCGGAAUGUAAAAUUUUUACGUCAUAUGAAUUCAAGCUGUGUCAUGAUCAAAUGCGCAUCAUCUUGCAAUCUAUUUGGAGAUAUUUCUACAGUCCAUUUACUUUUUUGGAAUCGUGUAUAAUGCGUCUUGCUGGUUUAAUGAUGGUCAGUUCUUCUUUCAGCGAAUCCUGUCCAUUACGCUGUAACUUCUUCGCUCAUACAGUAACAUCGCAGACUCAUGUUUGUUCUGUUACUCAUUUACUCAUGUUCCUGUUUCUUGUUAUUCCCAACGUUCUCUUUCCAUGCUGCCUUGUGUAG